GAAAGACAUCCAGGAGACAGUAAAAAUUACAAUGAGUGCAUUCAACAUGAGACUAUCCGCAUCGCUGUAUGUGACAUGCUGGAAGGGAAAUACCCUUCUCCAGAGCCUUUACGUGGAGUUAUGGAGAAGUCCUUCAUGGAAUAUUAUGAUUUUUAUGAGGGUGUGUGCAAAGAGAGGCUUCACCUCCAGGGACAGUCCAUGCAGGACCCCUUUGGGGAGAAGCGAGGACACUUUGACUACCAGUCCCUUCUAGCACGUUUGCAAGGAAUCCGCCUGAAGGUGCAGGAGAAGCACCAGCAGGAGAAUCCAGACAUAGACUCGGAAAGCAGCUCUUCAGAAACCGAGAUGGACACUCAGGGGAGCAUUAAGAUUUAGAUACCUCCCAUCUGAUCACUUGGGAAUCCAAAACAUGGGGGUGGGAUCUUUCAACUCCAGGUGUUAUGGAGGACCCCAGAGAGACCUAAGGAACUGGUUUAGGUUCCAGAGUGAGCAAUCAAGUGGAGAUAGGGCUUUUUGUUAUCUCCAUCAAGUGCUCUGGUACAUCCUGUUAAAAGAGGAUUUGAUGCGAAAACUGAUCUGGGCUUGUGACAGACAGGCUGCAUUUUUUAAAUGACCCUUCCCUCUGCUAGAGACCUCUGAGUGAAUGACACACACACAAAAGCAUUUUGGAAAAACCUGUGGUAGGCAGGUUUAUGUCCCCCUUUCCCCCAGUUCUCAAAGAAGCAUGAGAUAAAACAUGGCUACUUGUUCCAUUGUUCUUGUUUCAUAAAUGUACUGCAUAUUCCUAGCACCUCCCUCCCAACUUGUUUCUACACCUUGAUAGGCUCCUAGCAAUUGAGUCUGUUAAAACACUUUUUGAUCAUUUGUACAUCACAUCCUAUUUCUUCAGAUCUGGUGCAUUCUAGUUUCCCAGUUAGGUUGAUAUUACCUGUCGUAGACUGACCAAAGAGGAAGAAUUUCUGCUGAAACUGGGCUUUGUGUUGGGUUUUCUUUUUUGUUAAAAAAAAGUUUCCACAACUUUACUAAAUUCUUGUUUCCCUGACUUUCAUCCAGAGUUCUGGUAAGAAAGGAAUAAAAUGCAUCCCAGGAAAAUAAUUAAAAUUCAUGUUUUCAGCCUACUGUGCAACUCAUUCAGCUUUUCAAAGUAAAAUUUAUCUCCUUUCAAUGGCCAUCUUUGAUGGCUCUAAAGGAGAAUUUUUCUCACCCUUGGUAAAUGGAUAUAAUUUGGGGGUUGGGUUAUAGUUUAGGAGAAAUAACGAUUGCAGAAGAAAAGUACAAAUAAGUGCAGCAUCACCAACAGAUUAGCAUGCUUUUCUGAAGUAGCUCUGGCUCCCAUGCUUUUUUGGGGGGUGGGGGGGGGGUGGAACAUAGGAGUUUGGUGACAGAGAAAGAAGAAACAUGACCAGUGUCUAAUAGACUGUUAAGCCUGGGGAGUAAAUUGAACUAUCCUGUUGAAGGAUUGGGUCUUACUUUAAUAGUUUGUUGAAACUGAAAUUGUUGCACGAUAGUAGAUGAGUCUUUCUAUAAAAUCUGCCAUAAAUCCAUUCUUCCAGAUUGCAUCAAUGAGCUAGAAAAAGGUUCCAGACUUCUGAUUUUUUUUAAGUGUGGAAAAUUUAACUCUUAGUAAUAUACAUGGAGCUUGUACCCACCAUUCAUCUCUUCCCACCUCUCUCUUUAAAGAUCCUUUAUGCUCAUAGGCAGUAUCUUUCCAGCUGUUCUUGCACUAACUUUGGGAUAUAAGAGAGGGCAGUCUGCUGCUCAAAGUAUCCUGCAGCUUUGUGUGUUGGAAAAACUGAUUACAUCUGAGAACAGGAUGGAACUGUUCUUUGUCUUCCCUCUGCCCCAAAAGAGUCUCUCCAAGGGACAUGAAUAGCUGGUGGAAUCUGAAAAAGCCAUUCAAAUACAGGUUUACAUGGAGACACCUUGUGAAAGGAAGGCCUCAAGAGGCGGAGCAAAUUGUAUGUUUAUUUUAAUCUCAUUAGGUACAAUCUAACAAACGUCAGAUUUACUUAUCUUCUCACCUCUCCCCAAAUCAAAGGGGUGCACAGUUAAUUAUUAAGUCCUGGAAUCAGUGACACUUAGGCUUUAUGCACUCUGUGCCAAGUUAAUAAAUGUGGGCUUCCCCAUGCUAUUCACUAGGGCUAGCAGUGCUUCUGGGUUAGAGCACUGAUUUCAAGACAUCUUAACUCCAUAUGCAUGCUGGCUGUUGAGCCAUUACAUACAUUUAUUUAAAACAAAACACAAAAACUGCCUUGUGAUUUUUUCCCCCCUGUGGCUCACAUGUGGGUGGAAGACAACACAGGAAUCUGAUUUUGUAGCUGUCCAUAAUCAUUUGUAUUCUGAAUGUUUCCAUUUCAAGAAAUGACAAUCCUAGACGACUGAUCUAGACAAACGUUAGUGACAUAAAAUUAAGACCUAACAGGCUUAAGAAAAACAAACAAAUGCACAAGGGUCUUCAAAUAAAGACAUCAUGUUUAUAUACAGUUGUACAUAAGGAUUUUUUUGGUGCAAUAAAGUUUGGUUUGGCAGGA